UUGACAGUUGCACGGAAGUUCGUCAGCAAACAAUGUAAAGUUGAUUUUCUGCGCAGUUUUCAGCGUUUAAUCAUGUGGGUUAAACCAGAGGAAGUUCUUUUGGCAAAUGCUCUUUGGGUGACAGAAAGGGCUAACCCCUACUUUGUGCUCCAGAGAAGGAAGGGUUAUGGGGGUGGGGGUCUUACCGGCCUUCUUGUUGGGACACUUGACACAGUGCUGGAUAACAAGACACCACCUUACAGAAUACUUCAUCAGACACCAGAGUCAGAAGUCAGCUAUUCUGUAUCUGUUGCCAACAAUAAGAAGGAUAUUAUCCGAGACUGGGAAUGGAUCGAGGCAAACAUCAUGCAGACUCUUGGUGCCUUUGAAAGUGAAGACCAGGCGACCGAGUUUGUCCGAUGUAAGAUAGAGAGUAUGAUGGCCAACAAGGGAGACAGUCUGGUCGAAGAUGAGGAAGCAGCGAGCUUUAAAUCAGCCACUAGGAAGUUCAUGAAGCUCUUCAAUAUGCCAAGGGAGGAAAAGCUAGUUAACCACUACUCAUGUAGCUAUUGGAAAGGCAAGGUCCCUCGGCAAGGCUGGAUGUACCUCAGUAUCAACCACCUGUGUUUUUACUCGUUUCUCAUGGGCAAGGAGGCCAAGGUCAUUGUUAGGUGGACAGACAUUAUGAAACUUGCAAAAGGAAGCAACAUGCUGCUGCCGGAGAGUGUAAAAGUCAGCACACGGGAUGGGGAGUAUGUGUUCAGCAUGUUUCUGCGGGUGGGGGAGACAUACCGGCUGAUGGAACAGCUCACAAAUAUGGCCAUGAGGCAACUAAUGUUGGAAGGCGGCUUUCAGGAAGAUAAAACAAUCCUUGACAGAACAAAAAAAAGGACCUCUAAGAAGAUGUCGAUGAUCAAGAGGGAUUUGGAUGCGCGAUCUAGAAGUGAUGCAUUUAGGUUAAUGUUCAGCCUGCCAAUGUUUGAAAAGUUGGAUGGCGACACGGAAUGUGUGAUGUUUACACCCUUCAACAAGCAGUAUGUGUGGGGGCGCCUAUAUAUAUCACAGAACUACAUAUGCUUUGGUAGCAGGAAAAGAAAUCAGGUUACUGGUCUAGUGACCAUGAUAAUCCCCCUACGAGAUGUCAACUCUGUUGAAAAAAUUGACAGUAGCCCAGCAGGUAGUUUACAGUCAAAUGCUAUGGUGGUCACCACUAGGGGGAAGAUGAAUGUGAUGUUUUCCCAGCUGGGUCAGCGUGACAUAAUCUUGGAGAAGAUAUCUGACUGUCUCUCUCGACAACCGGCCUUUGGUCGCCUCAACAGCCAGGUGUCGGUCACCAGUGACGAUGGGGCAAAAACACCUGAAGGUUCCCCUGACGAGGUACAGUUCCAGCCUGCCCUAGUGAGUCUGUUUUGUCGGCGAGGCUCGGAUGAGCUCACUGCCAAAGAGUCUGUCAAGGAACACCUCUGGGAUGUCUACUUUACGGAAUACGGCAGGGGUAUGGUGAUGUACAGAACACACAAGACCCAUGAACUCAUGUUGAAGGGGCUACCAGAGAAAUAUAGAGGGGAAAUGUGGAUGUUAUUCUCAGGGGCCAUAAAUGAGAUGGCCACUAACCCCGGUUACUAUGCCAACCUGGUGUCCCAGAGUUCCGGCAAGUGCACCAUGGCCACAGAGGAGAUCGAGAGAGACCUGCACAGAUCCUUGCCCGAACAUCCAGCCUUUCAGUCUGACCUGGGUAUCGGUGCCUUGAGGCGGGUGUUGACAGCAUACGCCUGGAGAAACCCUAACAUUGGUUACUGCCAGGCUAUGAACAUCGUAACAAGUGUGUUACUGCUGUACACGAGUGAAGAGGAGGCAUUCUGGCUCCUGGUGGCAAUCUGUGAGAGGAUGCUGCCGGAUUACUACAACACACGGGUAGUCGGGGCUCUUAUUGACCAAGCCGUGUUUGAGGAUCUGAUUCGAGAGAAUCUACCGGACCUACACACUAAACUGGAGAUACUCGGCCUUCUGAGUAUGAUCUCACUCUCAUGGUUCCUCACCAUCUUUCUAAGUGUGAUGCCUUUCAACUGUGCUGUGAAUAUCCUCGACUGUUUCUUUCAUGAUGGAGCCAAGGUGAUAUUCCAAGUAGCCCUUACCAUCCUGGACGUAAACAGUGAGGCCCUUUUGAGGUGUAAAGAUGACGCAGAGGCCAUGCCGAUACUGAGCGCAUACCUGGAAAACGUGGGAAGUCGGGACACUACGAUGCCGACUGUGCGACAUACCACCAUGAUGGGGGCAUCUCUAAACAAAAGAGAGGUGUCAGUGGAUGUGAGUGACCUUAUAGAGGAGAGUUAUCGUAAAUUUGGCCACCUAGAAAACCAACAUAUCGAGAACCUUCGACUGAAGUUUCGGCUGCGUGUGGUACAGAACAUUGAGGAUCACACGAUGAAGAAUAUUCUUCGGAGUGUGUCUGAGGUCUCCAUUAUCAAAGGGAAGGAGCUGGAAGAUCUCUACAUGCUGUUUAAGGAGGAAUACCUGACCUCUUGUUAUUGGCGCACAAGCCAACAACCAGCUGACAUUGCAGACAAGUACGACCCAUCUCGACCGUACUACGAGAUAUACAAGGUGGACUUUGACCAGUUCAAGACCAUGUUCCUGUCACUGUCCCCAUGGGCACGGGGGCAGCGGGCUGGGGUUCUGGCCCUGAGGGCAUUUAGGUACAUCGACAGGAAUCAGGACAAUAUGGUAAACUUCAAGGAGUUUGUCCAGAUAGUGGGGCUCAUGUGUCGGGCAGACUACACACACCGCCUCAAACUGCUAUACCAACUUCAUCAACCUCCCUGCAUGUUUGAAACUGACCCUGAGGAUGAAGUAUUGUCGCCUACCAAGUCAGAUUCAACAGAGAGUGCGUGUGAAGCAGCAGACUUCUUUGAUGAGGAUGCAACCACGCCCGAGAGUGGGAAUCCUGAUGACUUGGAGCUACCAAGCUGCCCUCCUGAGGAAGAGCUGCAAGAAGAUGAAGACGGGCCAGACCUGAUUGACAAGCUAACGUCCGCAGCCCAGGACAUUCCAGGGGAGAGCAGCCAGACCAGUCACAGUGUAGUUACUUCCCCUCCUCAAUCUCUCAGCGUUGUGUCCAGCUUGACCGACUCCGACCCUCCUAGUCCGAUGGAUCCGAGACCUAAAGACAUUUCAGCAGAAAGCAUGGACUCAGGAAGUGUGGCUUCCAGUCUGCCUAGCCAUGUUGAAGGUUCCACUUCACUGGGAGAGAGCCCAACUGGCAUAUUCACAUGGAGGAAGGAGGUGAUUCGCGCCCGUUCGGGUAGCAAGGAGGAGUUUAAGAACAUACCAAGGCUUAACCAGACACAGUUUAUUCAGAUGUGGAAGACCUUCUAUGACAUGUUUGGGGGAGAUUCAAAAGAGCAGGAUCUCUAUCAUGCCAUAGCAACAGUUGGAACUCUUCUUUUGGAGAUCGGGGAGGUGGGAAAGAAGUUCUAUCUCCAUAAAGAAGACCCCUCUUCAUCAGGCACAGACAGUUUAAAGUCUGGAAGCCUUCCAGAAGAAGAAAAUGGGUCAGUUUUGAAAAGGGAACAAUCCAUUGCUCAAGAAUUAAGUGAUGCGGCAACUGAAGAUGAUUCAGAUAAUGAAAAAGAAGAAACUGAAGACAAGGCAAAUGAAGUAGUUGAGAAAAUGGCAGAAAUGAGUGUGGAAAAUGAUACACCUAAGAAAGAUGAUAUUGAGAAAACUGAUGAAGAGGGUAAAGAUAGUGAUGAUACAGGGAUACAAACUCCAGUCUCAGAGGUUAAAAGAGGGGAAAGAACUAUAUCCUCAUCCUCGACGAAACUGGACCAUGAGUGGUCGAUAUCCUUCGAACAAUUUUUGGCUUCCAUGUUAACUGAACCUGCGCUUGUAAAAUUCUUUGAGACUCGCACAGAUUUAAGUGAUGCAAUAGACAAGACAAGACAUCGGAGACUGUUGAUGAGACAGGCCAGUGCACCUUUCGAGCAAGUCAAACAGUGAUUGUAUUAGCGCUUGGAAAGUGUUGUUUUUUACAAUUUACAUAUAAUACUUUUUUAUCAUCUGGAAAUCAUUGUGGUACAUUGUAUUUGUUAAUGUUUGCAUUUGCCCAGACACUUAUGGGACAAUAUGGGUUAUUAUAAGUUUAAGUGCCCCUAUAUGCAUUUCUUGAUACAUAGAUUAUUGUGUUUUGGGUUAUGAGGUUUACUUUGUUAUUCACAAUUGUCUUAUCCACAUUCAUGUAAUUAUUUAAGGGCGAGUGAUAUGAAUAGUGAAUGCAAAUGAUAGGUUUCAGUUGAGUAAUAUUGUUUUAUUAAUGGUUUCUAUGAUAAUCCCCCCCCCCUUGAAUUUUAUAAUACGUAUGUUAUUUUGUUUUGAGCUCAUGUUUUAAAAAAAAAAUGUUUGUGUCAUUCAGAGGGUGCAGCAUUGUUCAAAUACUUUAACCUUGGCCGCAUAACUCUAGCUUUAAUUGUUAUUGAGUAUUGCUUUAUGGACUAAGGCUCUGUUGUCUUCAUUCUAUAUAGGAUUUCACUCAUUUAGUUUUUGGUAUUUCAGGGGUUAGUUGUUGUUUUUUCAGGCUAUCUAGAUAGGUUUCAAUACUAAGGGUUGACACUUAACAUAAAACCAAUUUGGUAUGGCCAUGGCAUGUUCUCUGUUUUUGCUUGACAUUAGGUGGAACAUAUUAUGAGUUACUCACUCUCAAUGGAUCAAUUUGACUUUCUCUGCAUUCAAAUUUUUGAGAAAUGUUCAUUCUAUGAUCACCAAACUUGGUAACAUUAAGAUUAUUGGCUUUAUCUCUCAGAUGAGUUCACUGAUAGCCCCUGAUUUUAUAGUUACUUAAAUGCUUUAAAUUGUAAAAAUAUCCACUAAUUCAGCUCUGUCUGCUUUCUAACUUUAAUAAGAAAGCUUACCUGAUCUUUAGCAAACUUGGUUGCAAUGUGUAUGGGCAUUAUAACUUGGUUAUGUUUCAUAAGCAUAAGUUUCAAUCUAUUCGCCUGGAUUUGUUAGUAAUUGACAUGACACUGAACCUCCUUGAUAUAAAUAUUCAUAACUGUGCAGCCAAUGGAGAGAUUAAGUAGUCACAUGAUAACAUGACACUGAACCACCCUGAAAUAAGUAUUCAUUACUGUGAAGCUAAAUGAGAGAUUAACUAGUCACAUGAUAACAUGACACUGAACCACCCUGAAAUAAGUAUUCAUUACUGUUUAACCAAUGGAAUGGUUUUAAACUACUAGUCACAUGAUAACACUGGACCAAGAAAAUGGACUUGGUUUCUAUAAAUUCUUUUGUUAAACAAAGUAGAUAAUUAUCUUGUGCCGUCGUAAUUAGAUUCAUGGUCAUAUCAAUUGCUGUGUUUUUUGACAGGCUUUUUUUUGUUCACCACAUUGAGCCAGUUUCUUUUUAUUAUAUUUUUGCAUUAAAAAGUGAUUUGUUAUGAAUGAAGUGAGACAGGGGGAGAAGAAGGGGGAGAGUGUAUAAAAAAUAUAUAAUAUUUUUACCUUAAAAGAUUGCCAAAUAGGUCAUUUUGUGUCCAAUUUCAGUUGAAAUAAACAGUGAACAUACCAAAUGUAAUAACUUAAUGUAAACUAGUCAUUUAUUUUACAUAUUCUUAUAAUUAAUCAACAAGCAAUGUCUUUCAAUUAAUACCCAAAUCAAUAUCACAAAAAUACUCAAAUCAAACCUCAAUCAUUUUACCACAUAAAAGAAUAGAAUGAUACCAAUUCUUGUAUGUUUUUUAUUAUUUGUAAAAGCACAUUUCCUCAAAAGAUGUGUUGAUACAUGUAAAUCACUUUCAUCAAUAUUUCAAAGAAAACUUAUUCCAGAGCAAAAAAUAUACUUGAGUAAUUGUUAAAAACAUGGAGAUGUACUCAAUUACAUUAUAUGCUGAAAAACAAUUUUUCCUUGGAAUCUUGACCAAAGUUUUCAAUCAACACAGUUUAUGUGAGAAUGCGCUUUUAAAAACUGUAAAAACAUAAACCUGGUACGCUGAUGCGGUGUGGUAAAAUGAGUUGAGACUGAGAUUUAGAUUUGACUUAUUGAAGUAUUUUUUGUGAUAUUGGGGCCAGGCAUAAAGAAAAUGACAUUUCAGUUAAUGGAGCUUUUCGAGAAGUGACUUAUAUGUGAUUCUUGAAGGGUUACCUUCAGGAUAUAAAAAAAUUAUCAUCAUUUUUAAAUCUGUAAAUUUAAUUUUUUGGAUGAGGGUUUUUAUGGUGUUUUGUGGUUAUUAUUAAUUAUGUGUUUCUUAUACGUUUCACUGUGUGUAAUGUCCCGGGGUCCAAUAUGCAAUAAUUUAAAUUGUAUACAUGUACAUUAAUUUUGAAAAUGUUAAUUGGGAAUCUGCAUGUACAUUUACUUACAUUUUCCUUGAAAUAUUAUAUCUUUAAUUGUACUGGUACUUAGUAAUUUUGAUUAAAAUGUCAAUACAUGCUGAUACUUAUGUCCAUAAAUUAAAACUGCAUGUACCGUAUAUAUGUUAAACAUGUGGGUACAAAUUUUGUCUAAAUGAAAAUCACAAUAUAAAGCUAAACUAUGUUUUCUCCUUUUAGAAUAUCAGGCAGUUGUAAAGUUAAUUUGUUUGCUUUUUUCAAAUUAUACAGGCUUGACAACAUUUUGCUAUGCUUAGUCUAUAUGUAAGUCAAUUGCUUUUCCUGAAUUGGUAACUAAAGGUAGCUUCUCUAAAAUAUAUUGUAUACUAACGAAAUGCUAUACAUUUUCCUUAUAAAUACAUGCAUGACAUGGGCGUUUUGCGUUAGCAAAAUGCUUUUUGAUUGUACCUUUUAAGAGCCCUUCUUACUUAAGCAGACUAUAUUUUCAAAAGCUUUCUUCAAAUUAAACAAUGUAAAAAGAGAAUGAAAGUUUUAGCCACGCCUCCAAUAGAAAUAGAAUAAAUUAACCAAUAGUAAAAGAAAAUGAAAGUUUAAACCACACCUCCAGAAAGUCCAAAUUGUCUUAACAUGCAUAUUUAUGCCCCCUUUUGAAAAAAGUGGGGUAUAUUGUUUUGCACAUGUCGGUCGGUCGGUCUGUCUGUCUGUCGGUCGGUCGGUCGGAAUACCAAAUGGUUUCCGAUCAAUAACUUGAGAACGCUUUGACCGAGGGACCUCAUACUUGGUAUGUGUAUUGGUCAUCACCAGCAGAUGAACCCUAUUGAUUUUGAGGUCAGUGGGUCAAAGGUCAAGGUCAGUGUGACCUUUACAUGAAAAACGGUUUCCGAUCAAUAACUUGAGAACGCUUUGACCCAGGAACCUCAUACUUGGUAGGUGUAUUGGUCAUGACCAGCAGAUGAACCCUAUUGAUUUUGAGGUCAGUGGGUCAAAGGUCAAGGUCAGUGUGACCUUAACAUGAAAAACGGUUUCCGAUCAAUAACUUGAGAACGCUUUGACCCAGGGACCUCAUACUAGGUAGGCUUAUUGGUCAUGACCAGCAGAUGAACCCUAUUGAUUUUGAGGUCAGUGGGUCAAAGGUCAAGGUCAGUGUGACCUUUACAUGAAAAACGGUUUCCGAUCAAUAACUUGAGAACGCUUUGACCCAGGAACCUCAUACUUGGUAGGUGUAUUGGUCAUGACCAGCAGAUGAACCCUAUUGAUUUUGAGGUCAAAGGUCAAGGUCAGUGUGACCUUAACAUGAAAAACGGUUUCCGAUCAAUAACUUGAGAACGCUUUGACCCAGGGACCUCAUACUAGGUAGGCUUAUUGGUCAUGACCAGCAGAUGAACCCUAUUGAUUUUGAGGUCAGUGGGUCAAAGGUCAAGGUCAGUGUGACUGUAAGCUGAAAAAAGGUUUUCUGAUUGUCCAUAUUUUAUUUUCUUAUAUAGUAGACAGUAGAAAUUUAUAUGUCACUAAAUGCAUGAGUUGAAGUAUCAGUUUUCAGUGAACAUCUAGUUUAAUUAUGCCCCCCUUCGAAGCAGAGGGGUUAUAUAAUUGCUUUGCACAUGUCGGUCGGUCUGUUGGAAGACCAAAGCUUGUCCGAGUGAUAACUCAACAAUUCCCGGACCUAUGGUCAUCAAACUUGACAUGAAGAUUAGGUAUGACCAGUAGAUGACCUGCCUCAUAUGCAUCCAAUGACAAAUCAGCUGUCAUUUCAGUCCAUGCAUAUUUCAUUCAAUUGUCCAAAUAUUUCUGGCAACUUGGCGCUCAGGGGGCAUAAUGUUUGACAAACAUCUCUUGUUUCUAUUCAUUUACCUGAAUAUAAAUAGUAAUACUUGUGAGGCAGCAAAAUUCUAGCCACAGGGAACCAGGUAGUGCUCUCUGCUAACAUACUCAUGAUAACAUCCAUAGGUAUUUGUUAGCUAACAGUUCAAGCAACCAUCCCUGCAUAUAGGCACAAGCUGUGCAAGGAAUUUUGUGCGACAUCUUCGUUUUUGUUGUUGUUUUUUGACAUACUUUAAUAUUAUAAUAUCUCCUUGUUCGGGCAUUGUCACUUGUUUGGUGCAAUUUUAUCACGUGUUCAUUCACAGUUUUCUUAUGAAUCUUCUUCAUAGAUUAUUUUCCUUCUUUGUUUUCCUGCCUUAAGAAAAUAAGUCCAUGAAAUUGGAUCAUACAUGUAGCUAAAGUUUCAUCAUUUUUCGAUACCUUAAUGUGUCUAUUAAAAAUGUUUAUUGCUGUUGAACUUCAUUUCAUUUUAAAAGAAAGGAGGAGUGUAGCGAAUAUGCACAUUAAUUUGUUGACUUGGUAGAUACAUGUUCUUUUCAAAAUUAACUGUGAUAUUGUAGGUUCAGUGCAUGUGUUUGUAGAAGGCUAAUUUUUCACAUAUGGUAGUAUUGCCCAUUAUUAUAUUUCAAAGUUAUUAAAGGGAAUAAUGUAUACUAGCACAAUUUGUUGAUGUCGUAAUGAUAUUAAUCAACUUUGGGCUGACUGUGCAGAACUUCGGUAAAGUUAAUGUGAUUAACGACAUCGUUGUUAACUUUUAAACUUUAGCUAUUUGAUGAUGUGCUUAUAUAUUUAAAUAAAACAAAAACAGCUGAAAGGUUGUCUCAAAUCUUAUUUGGAAUGCUGCAGAUCACAAGUGUAUUCUCAUUCAAUAAGCCUCCAGAGCAGUGAAGUUUUUAAAGUAAACAACGAUGGAGUAACAAUCUGCCCAUAAUAUAAUAAUGUACAAGUCAUUUAUAUGGUAUUAUAUUAGAAUAAACAUUAACCUUGA